AUGUGGCGAGCAGCCGCCUCUCGCCUCCUCCUUCACCGUCGGCCGUCUCCGGCAACCGCUACGGCGGCCUGUACUCUGCAAAACCGCCGGCUUUUAUCGGCGAAUGCAGAGUUCACCACGGGGGAGGCUCGGCGAGUGGUGCGGCUUGUUGGCGUCGAGAUGCUCAAGAGGAGUCUGCGGGACCGGUCGGAGGAGGUGAUAAGCUACGGCGAGUUCCUUGAGGAGUGCGUGGAGGCCGGCGCGGCGCGCACACACGGCCAAGCGGAGGUGCUCGCGCGGGCGAUGGAGCAGUCCGGCGUCGUGCUGUUCUUCCGGGGAAAGGUCUAUCUCCACCCCGAAAAGGUUGUCGACCUGGUUAUAAGUGCUUUGCCGCCUUUAGUCGAAGAGAGUGACAGUGACGCGAGAGAAAAAGAGUUUGAGGCACUAAAGAAAAAGAAGCAAGAGAUCGAAACGCAGGCACACAGGCAAGUCAGACGAAUCGUGUGGACAGGUUUGGGGUUCUUGCAGUUGGAACUUGGCCUCAUCGCUCGUCUCACAUACUUGGAGUUUUCGUGGGAUGUGAUGGCGCCAAUGACCUACUUCAUUGCCGGUUUUCACCUGCUUGCCGCCUACGCCUAUUUCCUCAUUACCUCAUCCGAUAUGUCGUAUCGGACCUUCAUGGAGGGGAUGUUCGACACAAGAUGGAGAAAACUCUGCGUCAGACAUGGUUUUGAUAUAGAGAAGUACAGGGAAUUGGAGAGACAAAUAAGGUGUCCCCUUGGAGGUGAACAUUCUAAAGCUGCGACCAAAGGGAUCUUUGCAGAUAUCGAGUGGUGGCUGAGCGACCGCCAAAAAGACCAAGUUGACUACUCUGAUGCCUAUAACAAGUUGCUGUGGAUCAGCAAGGCCAACCCGAACCACCAGAAGGUUUGUGACCUGGUUAAAAGGGCUGUGCCGUUCGCACUCACACCGGAGAACGAGGCGAGAAAAGAAGAGCUUAAACAACUCCAGAAAAUGAUGAAAGAGAUUGAAGGCCGGGCACACAAGCAUGCCAGGCGGAUUAUAUGUUUUGGCUUUGCGUGCCUCAUAUUUCAGUUUGCCCUCUUCUUCCGCCUCACGUACUGGGAGUUCUCAUGGGAUAGAAUAGAGCCGAUCGCUUUCUUCUUUGGCGGAACCCAGCUGGUGUGUGGCUAUGCUUAUUUCAUCAUCACCUCCCGUAAUCCGUCGUUACAAGACUUCCUGCAGACGCUAUUCAUGUCAAGGAGGAGAAAACUAUGCGCCAAGCAAAAUUUCGAUAUGAAGAGGUACCUGGAAUUGCAGAAGCACUCGGGCUGUCCUCGGAAAGGUGAUUAUUGUUCUCAAGGUCGUAAUUAA